ACCAGGGAAGCAUAUAAAGCCAGGCCCCCUCGGCUCGCCGGUAUGCACUGCCACCGGCUUGGGGGAGAUGGAUGUCACCAUCCACCACCCCUUCUUCCGCAGACGGCUCUUCCCCGGCCCCUCGUCCGGCCGCAUCUUCAGCCAACAUUUUGGGGAUCCCCUCAUGGAAUCCGAACUCUUCGCAGGCAGCUGGCCCCUGGGCUCCUUCCUGGGGAGGCCCUUCACCUUCAGGAACGCUGGAUGGAUAGACAGCGGACUCCCCGAGAUGCGUUUGGAGAACGAUAAGUUUUCCGUCAACCUGGACGUGAAGCAUUUUUCUCCCGAGGAGCUGAAGGUCAAAGUAUGGGGAGACGUAAUUGAAGUCCAGGGGAAGCACGAGGAGCGCCAGGACGAACACGGCUUCAUCGCCCGCGAGUUCAACAGGAAGUACAGAAUCCCAGCCGAUGUGGAUCCCCUCACCAUCACCUCCUCCCUCUCCUCGGAUGGCGUCCUGACGGUGAAUGGACCAAGGAAACUCAAGCAAGUUCCGGAGCGCAGCAUCCCCGUCACACGGGAAGAAAAAUCGGCCCUCCUCCCAGGACCGAGGAAAUAGAGAGAGAGACCCUCGGAGACCCUGGCCCCUUUUUUAUACCAAAGAAAGCCUUUCCAUAGGACAGAAACGGCAAAUCGAUUUUUCUUCAUUUAUUUCUCUGUGCAAAGAUAGGCACGCGAGCUUCUUUAGUAACAAAUAAACGGGGUGGUAGCUUU